GUGAGAGGAGCUCGGCGACGCCUCUCUCGCUCUGGUCAUGGCCGCCUUCCGCGCGCUGGGUUUGGCGCCCUGGCUGGCGGCGCAGGCGGAGCAGCUGGGCCUGGCUAGGCCCACCCCGGUGCAAGAGGCCUGUAUCCCCCCCGCGCUCCAAGGCCGUGACUGCAUGGGUUGUGCCAAGACCGGAAGUGGCAAGACGGCCGCCUUUGUCCUGCCCAUCCUCCAGAAACUUUCUGAAGACCCUUACGGCGUCUUCUGCCUCGUUCUGACGCCAACGAGGGAACUCGCCUACCAGAUCGCCGAGCAGUUCCGUGUCCUGGGGAAGCCGCUGGGCUUAAAAGAUUGCAUCGUCGUUGGUGGAAUGGAUAUGGUCGCUCAGGCUCUGGAGCUAUCCCGAAAGCCUCACGUCGUCGUCGCGACCCCGGGCCGGCUGGCUGACCACCUCCGGAGCUCCAACACCUUCAGCCUCCAAAAGAUCAAGUUUCUGGUCCUGGACGAAGCCGACCGGCUCCUGGAGCAGGGCUGCACCGACUUCACCCAAGACCUGGAAGUGAUCUUGACGGCGGUGCCAGCCGGCCGGCAAACAAUGCUUUUCAGCGCCACGCUGACGGACACCUUGAACGACCUCAAGCGGAUCGCCAUGAACCGCCCUUUCUUCUGGGAGUCAGCCUCGGAAGUGCAGACCGUCGAGCAACUCGACCAACGUUACCUGCUGGUGCCGGAGAAGGUGAAGGAUGCCUACCUCGUCCACCUGGUCCAGACGUUCCAGGACGAACACGAAGACUGGUCUGUCAUCAUUUUCACCAACACCUGCAAGAACUGCCAGAUCCUGAAUAUGAUGCUUCAGAAGUUCAACUUCCCCUCGGUGGCCUUGCACUCCAACAUGAAGCAGAAACAACGCUUUGCCGCUCUGGCCAAAUUCAAAUCCAGCGUCUUCAAGAUCCUCAUCGCCACAGACGUGGCUGCCAGGGGGCUCGACAUCCCUACAGUCCAAGUGGUCAUCAACCACAACACCCCAGGACUCCCAAAAAUCUACGUCCACCGGGUGGGCCGGACAGCCCGGGCAGGGCGGCACGGCAUCGCCCUCACGCUGGUGACGCAGUAUGACAUCCACCUGGUCCACGCCAUUGAGGAGCAGAUCCGGAUGAAGCUUCAGGAGUUCUCUGUGGAAGAGCGAACCGUGUUGAACAUCCUCACCCAAGUGAACGUGGUGCGCCGAGAAUGCGAAAUCAGACUGGAGGGAACCGAUUUUGACGAGAAGAAGGAGAUAAACAAACGGAAGCAGAUGAUCCUGGAAGGAAAGGAUCCGGAACUGGAGGCCCGACGGAAGGCCGAACUGGACAAGAUCAAGAAAAAAAACGUUGAGUUCCACAGCCGAGUCCAGCAGACGCUGCAGGAGAAGCAGCAACGGCAGCUGCGGAGGAAGGCGCGGAAGCGAGCGCGGCGGAAGCAGACGGUGGCGGUGGCGGCGAAGUGACCGCAGAGACUCGGCCUCCAGCCCGGGGUGGGGCGAGUGCCGCUGUCAAUCCGGAGGCAGAGGCGUUUCCACCGCUGCUUAGCCCCCAGCUGGGAAGGAAAAGCCUCGCAAACGGACUGCAGAAGCCAUGCUUGGAGCAGAGCGGGGAGGCUCCCAGGCCUUCCCGCAACCUGGCGGCAAGGGAGGCGCUCGUGAAGGCUGCUGUUUCGAGGGGCGAGACAGGGAAUUGCUCGCCGGGUCAGCUGUUCCCAACCUGCUGCUCCCCCAGAUGAGUUGGGCUGCACCUGGCUGGGGGGUGAUGGGUUUUGCAAUCCAACGCAUCCGGAGGGUACGAGGGCAGAGAAGGGUGUUCCAGAAGGUCCCUCUUUCACAACUCUGUUGGGUACAUUUUUGCCCUGACACCCCCGACACACACACACACACACACACACACACACUUGCGCCCUCAAUAAAUUCUCCACUGAUGGGGAGGGGAAAAA